UCCUCAAAUCAAAAGAGAAGGAAAAUCCAAAGAUUUCGUUGAUCAUAGGUUUUUCUGAGCCAUUUUCGAGAUAAUAAAUUAGUGGUUUUUGUUUCCCGAUCAAGAGAUUCGAUAGCAUUCUUAAAGUGGUGUGAAGAUCAAGACUCAAGGUCUAAAUUCCACCAAGAAGACUUCUUAAUUCUUGCAGCUUUCCAAGAAUGGUGAAAAGGACACAAAUCAAGAUCCAAUCAGGCUCAGAAAAAGCCAAAAGUACAACUCCAUUAUCAUCUUCUUCAUGCAAAAAGAAGUACAAGGGAGUUAGAAUGAGAAGUUGGGGAUCAUGGGUUUCUGAAAUUAGAGCACCUAAUCAAAAGACAAGAAUUUGGUUAGGUUCUUAUUCUACCCCAGAAGCAGCUGCUAGAGCAUAUGAUGCUGCCCUAUUGUGCCUUAAAGGUUCCUCAGCCAACCUUAAUUUCCCUCUCUCUUCAUUACAAGAAAACCUUAAUCCUAAUAUCUUAAUGUCCACAAAAUCCAUCCAAAAAAUUGCAGCAGCCGCAGCAGCAUCAGAUAAUUCCAACUUUCUUAAAAAACCCACAAAUUUAAACCCUCAAUCACCACCUGAGUCUCUUCCCUCCACGUCAUCAUCAACAUUGUUAUCAUUUUCAAGUUUCAGUCACAUUGAAGAAGAAGUUCAUGUUUCUUUGGGUUCUUCUUUUGAUGCUCAGUGGUACAACUUUGAUUCACCAAAGUACAAUGAUAUGCUCAAUGGGGUGUCUUUUGAUCCAUUGAUGAUUCAAGAUUCAUAUGAAGAUAGUUAUGAUAUUCGUUUAUGGAGCUUCUGCUGA